UAAUUUUAACAAUGUUAUCAUUUCCGGGAAAUUGUAUAUUUAGGACUACGGGAUUUAUGACUUAGGGUAUAACGUAACCUGAAACUAAACACAGACGGUUGACAGUGACCUAAUUACGCUCCAAUCCGCCAAACAACCAGUUUUUGCUUCCUUGAUCAAACCAAGAAGUCAGAGCGAAUACAAUACACAGUCUAUAGAACCAGCAGAAAGAAUCGAAGAUUUCAUACAUCAUGUCUUGGACUUCCUGGGCACACACUGGUGCGAUGACAGCAGCGAAAGCAGCUUUAUCAAUUUGGAAUCCCGCAUUUCCUAUAGGGAUUAGUGUGGCUGAAAUAUUACACUCGGCGUUUUAUCGUGGUGAUUAUCAUGGAGCAGCAAUUGAGGGAGUAUUUACCAUUGUAGAUGCCUUCACAUUUGGCAUGGCGGGUACAGCAACUCAGGCAUCGAGAGAAAGUUGUAAGCUAGCUAUCAUACAAAAGGCAAAAGAACAAGCAAAGGCAGCGACAAAAAAAGAAAUAAAAGCCGUCUUCAAAGCUGGUCCAAGCCAAGCUGUCAUAAAUACGGCUAAAACUUUAGUAUCAGAAACUACCAGUGAUAUAAAGAAAAAGGAAGGUCGAAAAUUAGCAAAAAACAUCGCUAAAAAUGGUUUGACAGGGACUGCCAAAGAAACCGCCGUCAAAGAGGCAAAACAAGUCACAAAGAAACUUACGAAAGAAGCGAAAAAAGAAAUCGGUCAAAAUUUGGGAAAAGAAUUUGCAAAAGAGGGUAUUAAGAAAGCUACUAAGGAAACAGGAAAGAAAGUUGGAAAGGCUUUUGGAAUGAUUAUAAAAGACCUUCCGCAACAGACCAUAGAUGAAAUAUUCAAAGGAAGCAGCAAGCUGACUGCGGCUUCUGUUGUUAAAGAAGGUCUGAUGGGAACAGCUAGUUUAACAGGUGCCAGAAAGAAAGUCUUUGAGAAUCUGGUGGACACUUCAACUAAAAAUUUCAUUCAAAAAGCUUUACCAAAAGCUGCCAAAACAGCUUUUGAUCCAGAAUUUAAAAAAGUAGCUACAAAGGCAGUUACUGAAGAAUUUACAAAGUUCAGCAAUAAUAGAUUGGGCGUUGAAAUUCUAAGAACCGGUGUUGUAGGAGCAGUCAACCUAUACCGAGAUAAAGGACAAGUGUUGUAGAAAUAUCAAGACCUUUACUAGGGGAGACAGUAAUACUGAACAGAUUUUGCAGUAGAAAAGCUUAAAUUGCUUAAUUAAUAGACCGGCUGAAACUUAAGUUACCUCCUGAGAACUUUAGAAAUAUACAACCAUUUGCAAGCUUUCAUUAACCGCGCACCCGAAACAAGGUUUUGAAAAGUUUAAAUCAAUAAGAUUUUUAACGGAAACACAUUUGUUUUGACACUUAAACGUUUUCUGCGAAGGGCCAAAACAAUUAGCUUCGCGAUCAAAACAUUACACUUUGCCUAUAAUUGUAACCAAAAUUGUACAUAUAACCAAAUGGUUGCAUCCGCAGUGGCGAAGCCAGCCUGACGAUUUUGUCCUGCUAUGUAAAUUUCGAGUUAUCAAUAUUAUUCAUUUCUUUAGAAAUUUAUUGUUUUCACAGUCAAUGAACACCAAAAUAUUAGCAUAUAUAGCACGUCGACAAAUCGUCAGGCUGGUUACGCUACUAUAGCUGUAAAAUAAGUAAGAAGAUAAACUUUUUGGUAUAAAUAGCUAUUUUGUUAUUUCCUCUAUGAAUGUAUUGUUUUUGGUAGAA